AAAUUCAACAACUUCCUCUUUAUACAAUAUGUUCAAAUUCAUUGCUUUAUUCGCUUUGGUUGCUGUAGCCUCAGCUGCUCCUGGUUUUGUUGCUGAAUCGCAUCACUCCUUUGUACAACCUGCUGUUUUGACUAAAACUGCUGUGAUUGACACAAGUGCCUCGUCGGCCAUUACCCAUCAAAGUUUCACCAAUUUGGAGAAAAAAGUACCAGUUGUUCACACCUAUGCUGCUGCUCCUGUUGUAAAAACUGUUCACACUUAUGAGUCUGCUCCUGUUUUGAAGACUGUCGCUGCCUCGCCUGUUGUUCAUACCUAUGAAACUGCUCCUGUUGUUAAGACUGUAGCUGCUGCUCCUGUUGUGCACACUUAUGCCUCUGCUCCUUUAGUGCACUCUUAUGCUGCUGCUCCUGCUGUCCAUACCUAUGCUGCUGCUCCCGUUGUGCACUCUCUACCAGUUGUACACUCUGCUCCUGUUCUUAAGACAGUAGUUUCUUCCCCAAUUGCCUAUCAUUCUUAUCAUUAAACAAUUUUAUUCACUAAAUUUGUGCCAACUAAAUCCAUAAAAAUAAAAAUAAUUUAAAUAAAAUUUGUUAAAAAUCUUUAAAAUUAAAUAAAGUUGUUUCUAAUCAA